UGAUUUGUUGUACGUAAAUUGAACGAUACUUUGUAGAACCUAAAUGAUUUGUAGCAUGUAUCAUUUUACGGCUUAAGGAAUUCCGAGCAUGUUUGUUCGGAAAACGUGCUAUAUACGAUUACCGUUGUAAACAGAGAUGUUGGUUUAGUCUUGGUAAUGAAAGGUAUAUGUAAUUUCCUUGUUUUGUAUCAUCUUUUUAUGGUGGAAUGGUCAGUCUUAACAGAGAUUUAAAUACGUCAGGUAGUGGAGCUGUAUUUUUUGAUUCGCCUUAUAACAUGGACGAAGAAGACCCUCAUCUACACAUAUUAACUUCUGAAGAAGUAUAUUUUAAAAAAUUGGAUACUAUACCAAUUGUGUCUGUUUCCCUUAUAUUUAGUGUGUGUCUAGAAAUUAUUGGGAUUGUAUUUAUAUCUGUGUGGCCUGAAGAAAAAAAUAAAUGUGAUACAUAUUUUAUAUACUUGUAUCUUCACUGUGCAUACUGGCUGAUAAUUAUGUUGACAGAUCAUUUUGUAAAAGCAAAGCAUCAUAAACUCCGUAUUUUUGGGUAUCUUGAUUUUUAUCGAUCGACAUAUCAACAGAUAAGAACACCUCUUUUCAUAGCGUCAUUAUGGAUGACGUGUUAUUUAUUAUUGGCUGUGAUUUUGCAUCAUACGCAUAAAGUUAAUUAUGAACAAUACUGUCAUGCUUCAGAAUGGUUCACUCCUCUAAAUUACAUAGUGUUGUUGACCACAGUAGAACUUACGAUUAUUAUAUCAGUUUAUAUACAUUACAUUAAAAAAGUUUCGCGAUUUAAUCAAUUACGUCCUCCAGCUGAUGUUGCUAGAGAAGAGUGGUCAUCUUCUUUUACUCAAGAUACAUAUGCAGGUAGCAGUGAAGUAGGUUGCUAUCAUAGAAGAUCUAAUUUGGAAGAAUUGCUUGAAAUGCAGGCUGAUUUAAUAAGAUAUUUAAGAGAUCGUAAUGAUAAAUUCGGUCAUGCAAUAAUGUUGUUCGCAGCUCAACGUAGUUUGCCUGAAACAUAGGGUUGUGCCCUAU